ACGACUGGUUGUCGGAGCGGAUGGCUGGUUCUUAUUCCUCUAUUGGUUUGUGGAGAGGAGAGCGCGACCCCUCCCCUUCGCCAUAUCUCUCCCUUCUCUUCUCUCUCCUUGUCCUCGUCUCCAUCUCCUUUAUUACGAUCGCCAAGAGAGGCGUGGGAAUGUCGGCGGCAGUGCUGGAGGCUCGGUGACGCCGGCCCCCGCCGGAUGGAUUACGAGGGCAGCGUAGGAAGAAUCCAAAUCCACAGCGGCGGCAUCGGAAGGGCCGUCGCGUCUAUGGCAACUGAGGCGUCAUCGUCAGCCGUUGCCACCGACAUUGAUGACGAGACAAUGUGGCAAAUGAAUUUGAGGCAAAGUGAUUCCAUGGAGUCCGGACCAUACCCUGAGCGUCCCGGUGAGCCAGACUGUGCUUAUUACAUCAGGACUGGCCUUUGUAGAUUUGGGAUGACCUGCAGAUUCAGCCACCCUCCCAAUAGGCAGCUGGCUCUUGCUGCUGCAAGGAUCAAGGGAGGUUAUCCUGAAAGAAUAGGGCAACCUGAAUGCCAGUAUUAUAUAAAAACAGGGACAUGCAAAUUUGGUGCUACAUGCAAAUUUCAUCACCCGAAAGAUAAGGCUGGAAUUGCUGGAAAAGUUCAAUUAAACAUAUUAGGCUAUCCACUGCGUCCGAAUGAGAAGGAAUGUGCAUAUUAUUUGAGAACUGGUGAAUGUAAGUUUGGAAACACCUGUAAAUUUCACCAUCCACAGCCAUCUAAUGCAAUGGUUUCGUUACGUGGUUCUCCUGUUUAUACUUCGGUGCAUUCUCCAACAACUCCUGGCCAACAAUCCUACCAUGGAACGAUUGCAAACUGGCCCCUGUCAAGAGCUUCUUUUAUUGCCAGCCCUCGAUGGCAAAGCCCUUCAAGCUACCCUCAACUGAUUCUUCCUCAGGGGCUGGUUCAAGUUCCUGGAUGGAAUGCAUAUACUGGACAAUUGGGGUCUGUUUCAUCCCCAGAGAGCCAACAGCAAUCGCCAGUGACAGCUCAAUAUUAUGGCACUUCUCGCCAGAGUGAAACAGGUGCUGGAUCUCAAGGGGCAUACCCUUAUCGAUCUGGAUCCGUCCCUAUGGGUCUGUAUGCAUUGCAGAGGGAUAAUGUAUUUCCUGAAAGACCUGACCAACCUGAGUGCCAGUUCUACAUGAAGACUGGGGAUUGCAAGUUUGGUGCUGUCUGUAGGUUUCAUCAUCCAAAGGAAAGAUUAAUUCCUCCUCCUGAUUGCUUGUUGAGUCCAAUUGGCCUUCCAUUGCGCCCUGGAGAACCAUUAUGCAUAUUUUAUUCUCGGUAUGGAAUAUGUAAAUUUGGUCCAAAUUGCAAAUUCGAUCAUCCUAUGGGAACCGUCACAUACAAUCUUUCAGUGUCACCUACAGCUGACAUCUCAGCUGUUCCUCGUUUAUUGGGGUCCUUCUCAGGAUCACCUGGAUUGACACUCACACCAGAGCUUUCUUUAUCUGAAUCUAGACAAAUGACUUCUGUUGAAGAAAAUUCUGAGGCCGAGGGCUCCCAUACAGCCGGCCAAGUUUCAUCUUUUUCUUAAAUUUACCAGGGAAAUAACUCAUCUGUAAAUAGAGUUCCUGCUGCUGGGGGUGUAUAGUCGUUGAUGACAUCCGAAGAAGCAUUUGCAUGACAAGAAUAUCAAGACUUCCUGAAUACGAAAUGCUUCAUCAUGUAAAUCUGCAUGCAUUUUUAUUCUGAGGGAAAUAAAAAAGAAAUGUCUGUCCUGCUCGUAAGUUCUCCUGCCACUUAUUAAUUGGACUUGUUUUGAGAAAGUCAUUCUGCAAUAUCAAAAUCCUGUGUGCUCUCCCCAGUGAUAGUCUAGAGUAUAUGUGUUGUCUUUUGGAGUCAAUCAUACUUUAAUCUGCAAGUUGCUUCUUGUUUCUCUUUUAUCCUCUGUAUCCUGCGCAUGGGGAAUUUUAUGUUUGUUCCCCACUUAGUCUUUUGUGCUCUGCUGUGCUCCCUCACUCUCAUAGUUACCCGCUAUUGAUUGUACUGAAUAAUGCCCAGACAUUAAUGAUAAUAUAUAGAGAAGGAUCAGAGGGCACUAAGUUAUGGAAUAAACCCCUGUCAUCAAAUGGGAGUGUUUAGCUGCUUCAAAGAGGUACCCUAACUUUUUGGUUCUAUAGGUCAAAUGUCAAUCACAUUCAUGCUUGUGGUACAUCUCUGAUUUGAUUGGUCUAUGGGUUGGUUCAUUCAUUUGACUUGCGAAACACAAGGAUAGAAGGAAUUGCUGCUUUUACCGAACUUAUCAAUUUCCAGGAGGCUGUCAUAACACUGAAGCAUGACUGCAGGUGAACAUUUAGUCGCAAAAGUUUGUAUUUAUGAGGCUUUUGAUGUAAUUGGCACUAUGGUAUAAUUAAACUCUGUUGUGCAUGCUGAUAAAACAUUCUUUCUGACCAAAACUUGCUUGCUGCAAUUUUAUUCAAGUUUUUUUCAUUUGUUAUGCUGUA